AGACUCUAAAGGCCGUCUGCCCAGCCUCACAGCAGCCGCCGGCGAAUUUCGAAGCUCAGGUGAAGUAAGAAAAAGAGAUCACUUGGUAUUUGGCGAGAGAACAAAAUGCAUGAUCAUAAGAGGUCUGGGGAGAAUAUUUUGGACAACAUAAUAGAAACCAUUGCUGAUGCUGUGCCAAAGCAGAAGUCUGGCGGAUUCUUCAAUGAGGGCUCUUCGGUCUCCGAUAAGUUAAAUAGCAAGCUAAACAAGCAAUUUGGGCGCCAGAAGUCCGUUCAUCAUAUUUUGGGUGGCGGAAAAUCUGCUGAUUUGUUUUUGUGGAGAGAUAAGAAGAUAUCUUCUAGCGUCUUGGUUGGCGCAACACUUGUAUGGGUUUUCUUUGAAUGGCUUGAUUACCAUUUUCUCACUAUUAUAUGCUUCGCUCUUGUUAUUGGAAUGGUUGUUCAGUUUGUUUGGUCUAAUGCAUCCGGCAUAAUUAAUCGGUCUGCAUCCGAAGUUCCCCGGCUUGUCUUGCCAAAUGAGUAUUUUGUGAAUGCUGCUGUUUCUGUAGGUGCACAAGUCAACAUGUUCUUAGCAUUCAUUCAGGAUGUUGCAUGCGGAAGAGACAUAAAGAUGUUUGCAAUGGUUGUCCUUGGCUUGUGGGCAGCUGCUGUCAUUGGAAGCUGGUGCAACUUUCUUACCGUCCUUUACAUUGGUUUUGUUGCUGUGCACACUGUCCCUGUGCUGUAUGAGAGGUACGAAGACCAAGUUGAUGACUUCAUAUCCAAUCUGCUUGGCCAGCUGCAGCAGCAGUAUCGCAAGCUAGACCAGGGGGUUUUAAGCAAAAUUCCAAAGGGAAAUCUCAAGGCCAAGAAGAAGGAUUAAAGUGUAAUUUCUGGGAAGUUAUUAUUUGUGAAAUUUCUAUGUUUAUGUAAUUUGAAGAAAAACUAUGUACUUUUAUGGCAAAUGAUGCUGUGCUUAUUGUUUAUGAAAAUUUACUGCUGCUUAUUUUGGUCUA